CACAUUUUCAAUUGGCCCUUGUCAAUUGGACCUGUCAUCUCGGCCAAGCUAAGUCGAUCGUCAGUUACUGUGCAUCAGACGAUAAUUUCCGCGCCUGGAACUUCCCGACCACUUCGAUCACCCUCGACGCCUCGUCGCACGCCAACCCAUCAAUCCGACUCAGAGAGGCUGCCACAAUAGCCGGCAUGCCGUCAGAAUGCAGGCAAUCUGGUCUAGAGCGGGCCAGGCGCACCGUUGCGGCUGCAAGGCCUGCUUCAGUGCCUCCGGGGGCAUGAUGCGGCAGUCGGCGACGCGCGCGACGCAACGAAAACCGACCUUUAGCGAGAUUUUCACGGCGUGCUACACAUCGAUAAUGGGAACGGCAGCGGUUUUGGACGCAGAGAGGAAAGACAGGCGACGAAAGGAUCUGGACCGACAAAUUGAAGAGGUCUCGAACGAGCUGGCAAAUCUUGUGGAAAAGGGACAGAAGAAAGCUCCUACGAAACCGCCUGCUGGGGAUAUCAGCAACCGAUAUCCAGGCGCUUUGAAAAACCACGUGCGACAAAACCCUGAAAUCAGCAAGAUGCUCGACGCCCUUGGACCCUCACAUAAGUGGCAGAAAACCGUCGCAACAAAGGCCGACGUGGACCGUUUUUGGGAGAUAUACGACCUGAGCCCUUCGAAUAAAGUCAGAGGGGUCGACUACGAUGCGUUGAUGAAGGAGCUCAUCGAGGAAGAGGGGCUACCUAUAAAGCACCGUCAACCGCGUACGGUCAGACAAGCCAAGGCAGCAGAGGUGGCAGCGAAAGCUUUGGUCUUUAGAUUCCUCGACGCAGGCGACUACAUGAUUGGAAGCGAAAGGAUGCAAACGACACGAGAAGAGGUGGCCAAGCUGAUGAAGAGCAAGCUGCCUAUAUGGCACAUAGAUAUGAGCGCUGAGGCUCUGAAUACGUGCAGCUUGGAGCUGAACCAGGUAUUGAGGGAGAUUUUUGACGCCUCGACUCCCUCGAACGUUGACCAUACGAUUCACAGUCUGUGUCACAAUAUCCUCACAUCGCCUCAAGCCCUCAGUGUACACACAUACAAUCACCUUAUUGCGGGCCUGGACAAAGUCGGGAUGCAUCGCCUUGCUUCAGAGGUGGUCGGUUCUUUCUUCCAUGGCAGACUUGAACCAACGCAGCACACCCUGGUGUGUAUCCUGAAUCACUUCAAGGCGACACAUGACAUAGACAGCUUUGCGGGCUUCAUCGCUCGCAUGACUGGCAAAGAUCAACGAGGUGUCAUCAUCCGCAGAAAGACACGCGGUGAAGUAGCGACGUUUUUCCGCAUUCACGGUUGGGCUAUGAAGAAAGACGUUGCAGUCGCCUCCCACUUCGUCGUCGAGAGGGCGCGUUUCGACGAAAAAGUCUUUGCCGCCAUUAUCGAAGGCAUGUUGGCAUUUUCUAGACUGAGAGCUGCCGUGGGCGCAUUUGCGGCGAGCAUCACGGCCGACCUCACAAUUAGCGUGCGGACCAUAUCCGAGCUGCUCGAUUGUUGCGCACGCUCUCUGGAUCGAAUAGCUGCGAACAAGGUUUUGAAAGCACUGGAAACCAAACCCGAGCUGAUUAGUCAAGCAUUCACUCAAGAGAACGACCAACUAUAUCUCGCGCGACGCAUACGGAGCUUACUGGACAUUUGCGGCCGUGAAGACGAGUCGCCGACCAGCGUAGCACCAUUCUUGAAGAAACCUGUGUUCUCGAUUGUAUUGAGUGAGGAACAGAAACGAGUACUUCACAUCGCACGAACAGCCCACGCCGUGGGCCAAACGGAGUGGUUGUUGGGACACGCGCGCCAAUACAUUCAGCGCGUAAAGACUGGUAACGCUGGUACUAUUCGCGUUAAAUCAGGUUCUUCACAGAUGUAUAUGCUCUGGAAAGCCACAAAGUUGGCUCGGACAGUACCCGAGGUUCCCCCGAAGCCGGAGAUGCCUUCCUCGCAGGUGGGAGACAUUGACUGGUCUGCUUCAGAUCGCCUGGAGGAAGCGCCAGAUACGCAGUUGGUGCGGAAACACAUGAGCACAAGCAACAUUCAAAGCGACUUUCUUUCAGAGAAGCAGAGCGAGUUGCCCUCCGAACCCCAGAGCGGUGUUUCGCAGGAACCGGGUGAACCAUCCGCUUGGGAUCGUCUUGAAGAGGCUAUGGAGACGAAACCGAAAAAGAACAAGAGCAAAACCAAAACCAAAAUCAAUGAGGUUUUUGAGACGAUUCAAAUCAUGUAGAUAUGUACUAUACCACACAUGUAACAUUAUGGUUAUAUGGCACGUGUAUGCCAAGGCCAAAUUGAUGGAUAGAAUAGAGGCCAAAGGCCAAAGCCAGCUUUCAGGUGCCCUUAUAGUGGGAGCCCAUAGACAUCAGAAUACCAAGCGAUUCAAAAUAGGACCACCGGGCUGCAUGAAUGGGUUACUCUACUGUGCAAU